CCAGCGGCCCGGGAUGGUGUAAUGACGGCUCUUAAAAAAGGCUUGAUUUCUUCCUAAUACCGGCUCUGACAAGCUUGGGAGGGGCGAGGAGGAAGCUUUUUGCGACUUGUUUCAGGAAUCCGGGUUAACAGGACCUUCCUGGCCCUUAGGAGGGCGAGAGCCCCCCGGGUCCUCCAACGCGAGCUAGAGCAGACGUCUCGAUGGUCGCGGAGCCGUAGAGCGACUGUUGUCCUGGCACGGUGGUGGUGCGCAUGCUCAGCAGUCGCACGGCAAAGAUGGCCGACGAAGGGGAAAGAAAAAGGAUCCCUUUGGUUCCAGAAAAUCUGCUGAAAAAGAGGAAAGCCUAUCAAGCCCUCAAAGCCACUCAAGCAAAGCAAGCGCUCUUGGCAAAAAAGGAGAGGAAAGGAAAAGCAUUCAAAUUUAAGCGACUGGAGGCAUUUCUAAAUGAAUCGUGGCGACAGCAGCGUGACAUGGUGCGUGUCAGACGUCUGGACAUGAAACCUCGUGCUUUGGAAGUUCCCGAUAAACAUACCUUGGCCUUUGUUAUACGCAUCGAAAGAAUUGUUGGAGUGAGCUUAUUGGUGCAGAAGACCAUUGCAAGUCUUCGUCUGAAGAAAUUGUUUAGUGGUGUCUUUGUCAAAGUCACUCCCGAUAACAUAAGAAUGUUGCGGAUAGUGGAACCUUACGUGGCCUGGGGAUUUCCCAAUCUGAAGUCUGUCCGAGAACUCAUCCUGAAACGUGGACAAGCGAAGGUUCAGAAUAAGAUCAUCCCUCUGACGGACAAUACCAUGAUUGAGAAGCACCUGGGGAAAUUUGACGUCAUUUGCCUGGAAGACCUCAUUCAUGAAAUCGCCUUCCCGGGGAAGUACUUCCAGCAGAUCUCCAGGUUUUUGUGUCCUUUCCAACUCUCCGUUGCCCGUCAUGCAACCAAAAAUAGAGUGGGCUUCCUCAAGGAGAUGGGCUCACCUGGCUAUCGGGGCGAAAGCAUCAAUCAGCUCAUCCGCCAGCUGAACUAGACUCAGGUGCCAAAUCUUGACAGAUUUGAACUGUUAGUGCGAAUCUUUGGAGAUCAUUUCCUGCCUACAGAAGUUGGGAAAUAAGGGGAAAGACCGUUAUGAUCUACGGAGGUGCUGCGAUCUACGGAGGUACCUUGUCACGGCCCAGUUUGGUUUUCUUCAUUGGCCACUAUCUCAAAUCAACACAGCAUGAAGGAAGGAGUCAACUUGACAUUGUUGUGUCUCCUGUCUGGGGUUUGGUAUUGUGGACGAAGAACCUUAGCAUGUGUACAAGAUUUGCACCAUAAGACCAAGCUCAUUUUGAAAAGACUUAAAAACAAGUGCUCAGAGCCUGGUACCUAGCAUCACUUUUGACCCUGGCAAGUAUGCUUUGGUAGACUGCUGACACCCCAAGCUAUCACAGAGAGUUGAGGAAACUCCAUGUUCAAUUUGGAAGACUCCUUGAGAGGCCUUGUGUGGAGGGAGCAUACGUUCCUUGUUUCUGGAGGUUGCUGACAAACAGUGCUCAAAACAGACCAUUUCCUCCUCAACCUUCAUCGGUCUGUGGGGGAAGGGGAAUCUUUAUUGUGCCGCUAUCCUCUGUUAGGAUAUAUGUAAGCAUACCGCUUGCCCUGUAAGCCAGAAAAGUGAUCCAGUGAUAAUACCAUCCGCCAUAUCAGUUCUAGCACUUUGGUAUGAGACAUGAUAAAUGAG